UUCCAAGAGCUGACUCAGUUCUACGGGCUCCUCACCAACUACCGUGCAGUUUCCGACAUGGCUCUUGCCCUUGUGGGCACUCAGGACAAAAUCAGUGCCAGCAAUCCACGUGUGAUUGAAGAUUCCCGAGCCCGGACUUUAUGUACAGAAAUGCGCCGUUGCCUCUACUAUGAAACCUGUGCCACUUAUGGGCUGAAUGUUGAUCGGGUCUUCAGUGAAGUUGCCCAGAAGAUUGUGAACUUGAAGAAACAACAGCAGCUGCUUGCCUCCUGCAAAUCUUUGCCCAGCACACCCAGCCAUUCGGCCGUUUCUACACCGGCGAGUAAUGGUGGCCAUACAAGCGACUACUCUUCAUCCCUUCCUUCCACACCCAACAUCAGUCAUCGGGAGCUGCGCAGUGAGGCUUCAGCUAUAAUUGGCACCCCCAGCUCCUUGCAACGUGGGACCAAACGCCGGACCAGCCUGUUCACUAAUCGCAGAGGGAGUGAUACAGAGAAGCGGAGCCUGGAUAGCCGAGGUGACAACACGGGCAGUGGGAGAGCUAUACCCAUCAAACAGAGCUUCUUGCUGAAACGAAGUGGGAAUUCCCUGAAUAAGGAGUGGAAGAAAAAGUAUGUCACUCUGUCCAGUAAUGGUCUUCUCUUCUAUCAUCCCAGCAUUAAUGAUUAUAUCCAUGGAACCCAUGGGAAAGAAAUGGACCUCCUUCGGACCACUGUAAAAGUACCUGGCAAACGCCCACCCAGAGCCAUCUCUGCCUGCGGUGCCUCCUCAAGUAUCAACGGCCUGGUGAAAGACAUGAGCAGCGUUGGAGUUGGGGACAGCAUAUCCAUGGCUGCAGAAGGACUAUCCAGUCCUGGCAGCAGUGGCAAAGACCCGCCUCCAUCUCCUAUGAUUGACAGAAAGAAACACAGGCGGAAGAAGCUCACCACUGAAUUCAUCAUCGUCUCCAGCACAGGACAGACGUGGCACUUCGAGGCCAACAGCUUCGAGGAAAGAGAUUCCUGGGUCCAAGCGAUCGAGAGCCAGAUCUUGGCCAGCUUGCAGUGCUGUGAAAGUAGCAAAAACAAGGCCCGGAUGGACAGCCAGAGUGAAGCUGUGGCAAUCCAGGCUAUCCGAAAUGCCAAAGGAAAUUCUUUGUGUGUGGAUUGUGGGGCAUUAAAUCCAACAUGGGCCAGUCUGAACUUGGGGGCGCUGAUCUGCAUUGAAUGUUCUGGCAUCCACCGGAAUCUGGGCACUCACCUGUCUCGUGUGCGCUCUCUUGACUUGGAUGACUGGCCCCUGGAGCUCACCUUGGUGCUCACCUCUAUCGGGAAUGAAACAGCCAACAGCGUCUGGGAGAAAUGCACACAGGGGCGCCGGAAACCCACCUGUGAGUCAUCACGGGAAGAGCGAGAAUCCUGGAUCCGAGCCAAAUAUGAGCAGCGACUAUUCCUGGCACCACUACCAAACUCUGAACUCUCCCUUGGGUGCCAACUGUUCCAGGCUGCCUUGGACCAAGACCUGGGAGCUGUGCUGCUCUUGCUAGCCCACAGUUCCAAGGAACAGAUCAAUGCUCCUACUGGGGACAAGGACCGGCGCACAGCUCUGCAUGUGGCAUGUGACCUUUCACAUGUGGUUAUCACCCAGCUUUUGGUCUGGUACGGUGCUGACGUUAAGGCGCAUGAUGCUGUCGGGCACACGGCACUCUUCUACGCUCGCCGAGCAGGAAGCCAAGAAUGCAUUGACAUCUUAAUGCAGCAUGGUUGCCCAAACGAAGGCUACAGCACUAUUGCCACCCCAGGCCUGCGCCGGAAAAGCAGCAGUGCCAGCAUGGGAAGGCCCGAGGCCCGAACUGCCCUGGUGUAGCAUGCCAGGGGGAGCCUCUUCCCCAUCCCAACAGUGCCAACAAGGGUGCAGUGACUGAGGCCUCCUUUUCCUUAAGGAGAUCCCACUCCCCUCUGGUACCUGGACUGUAAUGCCAAGGAGCAUAGAUCAUGACUCCUGUCAUGCAGAGGAGGUGGUGGCUCCCACCCAGAGCCCAGCUUCAGUGGUUCUGCUUGGCGUAGGCUGCCAUCCCCAAGACUCACAGCUCUCUCUACUGCCAGGCCUUGAGCUGCUCUGCUGAUCUCCUCGGCAAACAGCCGUCUCUCCAG